UAAUCCCAGCAAACCGUGGCGAUUGUGUGUCACUAGAAAAAAAAAAAAGAUCAAAAAAGAUCAGCGGAAUGUCGCUGGACAUGUUGGACGAAACCGAACGAACCGUCGUGAGUCGGCUAAUCAACGAAACCCUGGUCAAGAUGAAAAUUAUCGCCUGGAAUUCGACGAGGCGUACCCCAAUCGGUGAUAUGCUCCAGAAGACAAUCUCCGCUUUGGAAAAUUUUCAUCCGACUGCAGAUGAACGCAUCACGAGGGAUUCCAAACCGAAGCAUUCGAGAAAAGGGGACCGACAAAGGACGACCUCGGAACUGAAAAAGAAAGUGACUGCUGUGCAGCGUUCUUGGCAUGAUGAGCAACAUAAGCAUGACGAGGAAACGCAGCUCGAAACAGCGAAACGUCGCUUCGUCAUUAAGUGGGAAGCCGCUCGGCAGGAACAGUUGAGGCAAAUAUUUGAGUUGCGAAACGAAGAGCUUCGGAAGGAGAUGUGUUUGCAAGAAUCGGAAAUGAAAUCUGCGCUGGAGGUUGCCGGAAAGGUAGAUGAGUAUUACAAUUACAGGUCGGAUCUAAUCGAUAGCGAGAUGGCCGAUUGGAUGAGUCGAAUGGAAAGUGAGAGGGCACAGUUUAAUCCUCGCCUCCAGCAACUUCGUGCUGAGAAAGCAAAUUGGGGCGAGAUGAAGGCGGAAGUCAAACGGUGGGAUCAGGAGAUCGAGCAGAUGGAGGAAUGGGAAGCCAAUUACAACAGGGAAUUAAAACACAGGCAGAUGUGCGAAAAAUAUGUUGUACAGUUGCAGGCCUGGUGGCGCGGGGUAAUGGUACGCAAAGGACUUGGACGGUUCGGCAAGGGCAAGAAAAAAGGAAAGACACCGAAAAAGGGAAAAGGAAAGGGCAAGGCUAAAAAAGCUAGAAAAUAAUUCGUAACAUUUACCAAAUUCAUGAAAAUGUAUUUCAUAUUGAUAUUCAAAUGGGGACAAUUUUCGUUUGCUCGCGUAAAGCAAUAAAUAAA